AAUUUAUUUCGGAUUCCCUCUGCCUGCAGGUAAGUACAGUUUACAUAGCUUUUUGCAGGCUUUCUGAGCUUCAUAAAUAAAUAAAACCAAACACACACGCGCCCCGCUUACUUAAAAGCCGCGCUUUAUCAGUCAUCUUCUGCCACAAUCCAGACCACUGUUGAACGGAGGAUUGGGGUUUCCUCCCUGUUGUUGCUUUUUCAUGGUCAGUCUCAGAGUCGCCAACAAACAGAAACGAACUCCAAGCUCAGACCCGUUUGAACUAAGCCUCCCUCAAACUGAUCCCAUGUUUUGACUGAAAUAUUCCACUGAAUCUUUCUGCAAAUAAGCAAUGGCCAACCUUUAUAAUUCCACCGCCAAAAACUGUUCUUCGUAUUCUUCGCCUCAAGAACCCGACGAGAUUUCGGUUUUCCUGCAGCAAAUUCUCCUCCGGUCUACUUCCAUGCGCCAGCAGUCGUUGCCCACACCAACUGAUCAUCUUCAGGCAGAGAAUCAAGAGCCCGCAUUGGUUCCGGGUCAGAGUCGGCGUCAGAUCUCCGUGCUCGAUGCGUCGUCAGGGUUGAACUCGUCUUCCGGUUGUAGUUUCACGGGAAGAGUCGUGGCGAAUGUGUCGUCUUCCUCUGUCGGGAAUUUGGAUAAUGAGCCGGAUGAGUAUGACUAUGAAAGUGAGGAGGCUGUUGAGGCGUUGGUGGAAGAGACAGCGCCGAAGCCAACGCCGCCGAGGAGUUCUUCCAAGAGGAGCAGAGCCGCUGAAGUGCAUAAUCUGUCUGAAAAGAGGAGGAGGAGCAGGAUUAAUGAGAAAAUGAAGGCACUGCAAAAUCUAAUCCCGAAUUCGAACAAGACGGAUAAGGCAUCGAUGCUCGACGAAGCUAUUGAGUACCUGAAGCAGCUCCAGCUCCAAGUACAGAUGUUGACAAUGAGAAAUGGAUUAAGCCUUUAUCCUGUUUGCCUGCCGGGGAUGCUGCAGUCUAACGAAAUUUCUCAGUUGAGAAUGGGCAUCGACGCAGAUAAAUUCUUGAAUAUCAACAUGGCUAAAACCAAUUCCUUGGAUCAGAACAUCUCGGCAGAUGCACUACUCGGGCUACAAGAAAAUUGUGUUAGGCAGGCACCGGUGGCUGAGUUCUCAAGUAUGAUCAGCAGAAAAACUUCGUUUGAAGCGGAAUCAUCUCCGCAGGAUCAAUUUAAGACAUUUCAGCUCUCCCAUUCUUCUAAGGAGAAUGAGCUGCCUUGCCAACCAUUGAAUGGUAACUGUCCUCAAACUCGUUCGACAGGAGCCAAAGCAACAUCUUCAAUCUCCUUAGAAACACAAACAUCCAGCUUGAAAGAGAAUACUCUAGAAGCCUGCCUAGCCGGAGGAAACUAUCUACUGCCAAAUUUUGUCAGUAACCCAAUUUUCUCAUCACCGAUGAACAUGUGAGUACUUCUAAACGAAGCAGCAUGGUUUUCCGUGUGAUGAAUCAGUGGUCAACUUUCAUCAGCUUACUCAUUGGAGCGAGACCAGUUAAUGAUGACACCAAGACAAAAAUGCUUCCAUUUCUGAAGUGUUUUUGUAUUGCAAUCGUAGCAAAGUAACCUAAUCUUUUGUCCAAAAGCAUUGAUGCAUUGCAUGAUAGGAUACUUUGCUGUCGUGCUUUCCAUGUUCAGCGGGCAUAAUAUUAGAAGACAAGUUACUUGUAGUCCAUGCAUGCAGCAAAAAUAUAUCUUGCUGUUAUUUGUACAAUGUAUGGAAUACUAAUCUCGCUCCUGACGCUGUUUUGCUAAGAUUCAUCAUCUGGUUGAUAGUUCUCUGCCCACAUGCUUAUUGAAAGUAACAGACAGCAGAAUAGCUGUGUUGUGAUGUAUUUUAUUGGACGGCCAUAUGCACAUGGAGCAGAAUUUAUGCUAUUGACACUUCUAACAUCAUAUUUAUGUUGUGAA